UUCUGACACAUUUUAUAUGCAUAGAGAUUCUUUUUAUUUACAAUGCCACAAAAACGAAGCGCAUUGCAACUAGAAAAGUUAUGUUUGACGAGGAUUUGCAAGUCUAUGGAGAACUACUGGUAUAGACCAUUUGAGGAACAAUUUGGGAACACAAGCGGAUUAUUGCAUAUCAUCGGUCCAUUUGAUCACAUAUCAAGCGAACUAAUACAGUUAGUUAUUGAUGUUCUUGUGGAGAACAAGCUCUUUAACCCAAAAUAUCUACAGUUGUUGUUGAGCAACCAUCUGAACCAGUUAGACCUGUCAAAGGCCAAUACCAGUCUCAAACAGAAUAGCAUUGCUGAAACCAUAGGCCGUCGCUGUUUGAACUUGACAAGACUAAACCUGAGACAUUGCUCGGGUUUGUCAAGCAAGAGCCUUGUUACCAUGGUAACACACCUGAAAAAGCUUCAGCAUCUGAAUCUAGCCAGUACUAAAUGUGACAACCAGGUUUUAGCAGCUGUUGCAAAAACCUGCAGUGAUUUGUUGACACUAGAUGUAUCAUGUACAAAAAUUGGAACUCUUCAGCCUCUUUUGUCACAAGACAGCAGCCUACCAAUGGAAUCACUUCCCUGUCCGAAACUCCGAUGUGUGGAUUUUUACCUAUUAAAUGUACCUCAGGAACACAUUGUUGAGUUCCUGAAACUCAGAUCUGAUAUUCUCACUGAUUUUGUUUUUGAUGAUAUGAUAAAAGCCAUUGAGAAUUAUACACACAGCGAAAUUGCUUGCUCAUUGAAUAAUCUUGCCCUUGAAAAUGAGUCAGAAAGUGACAUACAAGAAAAAUUACAAAUGUAUGACCAGUUUCAUGUCAAAAGUUUAAAAAUUCGUACCUUAAACUGUGAUAUGAGCCACUUAAGCCCGGACAAUCCACAGUGUCUUAUCAAAACAGUGAUGACCUGUCAAUGUAUCACUUCAGUAAUACUGACCAAUGUUACGACUUGCAGCCAUCUUAUACCUUUGGGAAACUUGGCAAACCUCUCAAAGCUCUCUGUCAACCUUAGUCAAGAAUGCUCUGAUGAUGGACUUCUCCAGUUUGACACAGGAAUCAAGCCAGUUUUGGAGAAGCAGGGACACAGAAUUAUCUCCCUUGAUUUGCAUGGGUUCCAGUUUGUGGAUAUUCAUUCUGUUGGUGUUCUUUGUCAAAAAAUUAGAAGAAUUGACCUUUUCUACACCAAACUGGCACCAUUGUCUGACCCAGUAAGCAAAGAUGGCCAGUAUUUUCAAAAACUGGAGGAAUUUUUAUACCAUCCUCUUGAAGAUGAGGAACUUGAUCUCGAUGAAGUUGUAUCCCCUUUGUCAUUUGUUAUUGAAAAUGCUUGUGCAUUGAGGAGCUUAACCAUAAAAUAUUGUGCAGAACUGCACGAUACAAUGGUUUCAAAAGCAGUUGAAGAACAUUCUUUUAGAAAUCUGGAAGUGCUGGACUUGUGUAAAUGUAAUACGAUCACAUCUGAAAGUAUUGAAACUCUGCUGCAUGCUGACAACAACCUGAAAGACUUGAAGCUUGACAGAUGCUGGAAUGUUAACAAUUCAAACUUUCAGGACUAUAAACGAUUCAUUAAGAAGCAUAAACUUGAUGUGAGGCUAGUCUGGGUUUAAUUUUAGGCCACAUUUACUACUGUAUUUGGUUCAUUGAAUUCAUACCCUUGUUCAACUGCUGUAGCUUUGACUGAAUCUACGUAUACCACAACUUUAAACAGUUAAGAUAGAACUUGUCCUUGCCUUAACUUACUAAACUUAAAUCAAUUCUAACAAUUUUGAACUAGAUUAAUUGGAUUUGAGUGGAAAAAAAUCUUUUUUUUUUGUUUUCAUCAUUUCCAGGUGCAUUUUUGUAAUUACAGCCAUUCUACCAAUGCUUUAAAACCUAUCACUUGUAACAUAUGGUUCUAUAUAGUCCAAAAAGUUUCCCUGUAGAUAUCUAUUGAAAAUAAUGGAAAAGUUUAAAGAUACUAAACAGUUUGUGUUGUAGUUCUUACCUGGUAUCCAUACUACUUCUACAGAAAUUUUUAACACUUGCGUUAUUGAUUUUUAAAAAAUCUGUAUUCAUGACUUUAUUGAAGUAAUUAUAAUUCAUUUAACAAAAAAUGAAACUUAUCAAUCAAAUUCUUUGAGAUUUAAAAUCUAAAAGUGGAAUAUAUUUUUGAUUGUU